UUUAUAUCCCUCAGUCACUCCAGGAAAGACAGCACAAAGACAAGCAGCAAAAUGAAGAAACUUCUGUUUUUAGGAAUUGUUUUGUCAGCACUUCACACCAGCAACUCACAAAAACAAGAAUUCUGCAAUCUGCCCAGUGAUCCAGGUGAAGGCACAACUUUCACGUUUUUUGUGUAUUACAAACAUGAAGAAGACAAGUGCUUGCCUUUCUUCUACCAAGGUCAGGGAGGAAACGCCAACCGUUUCAAAAGUGAAAGAGAGUGCAUGAGAAACUGUUCAAUCAAUUCAGAGAAGCUGUACCCAAUGGAUGAAACUGCAGCUUGUCACUUUAAAUAUGCGGCUGGAGGGUGUAAUAGUUACCUCGUCAGAUACUACUACGACUCCAUUCAUGACAAAUGCAAAAAGUUCCUUUGGAGUGGAUGCUUUGGAAAUGGAAACAGAUUCUUUGACUUCCAGAGCUGCAAUAGGACUUGUGUUGGCAUUCAUGAUGAAGGGGAUGAGCCUGAGGAGGAUGAACCGGACACUCCUAUUACCAUCAUCUUUGCGGUUCUGCUUUCCAUUGUCAUUUUUGCUGUCUUGUUAACUGUGAUUCUCCUUGUGGUGAAGUCAAAGAAAAAACACCAAAAGAAGAAAGUCAAGGAGGCAAAGACCGACACACCUCUUCAAGGGAGUGGGAUAGAAAUGACAUAGGAAUGCUCCUCUUCUCUAAAAAUAAACCACCUUUUUUUCACCUGGUUGCCAUUAAGAACUAAGUUUUGUGUCCUAAAGUCAAAUGCAUAAUUUUUCUGUCUCUGAGAACUACACUCUACAUUCCAUUAAAAAGAAGCAGAGUUUUUUUUUAAAAAUUAGAACUGUUUAAUUUAGGUUACAUGCUAAGAGAUUAUUUUUUUUUUUUUACUUUUCAUAGAUUUAACGAAUGUUUUCAACUUUUGAAUCUAAAGAUUUAAAAUGUAAUCAAAUUAAAAAUAUUUGUAAGUUUAAAAUCACAAGUACAUAAUAAGAAAUCAGCUACAUAUUCAAAAAAUCAUGUUCUUUGAAAACUUCACUUUUUAAGGUAAAAUAAAGCCCUUUUACAGUUAACAACUGUGAAACAUAGAAAUAAAAGCAACCCUAUAGAUAAGGACAACAUUCUCUAAAAUACUACAUUUUACUCAUAUGUUGGCAGGUGUUUGGAUAUAAAAAUGUAUUGUGAUUUUGCAGAAUGUGCUGUAUGUUCCACCAAAAUGUCUGGAUGAGAACCCAGUUUAGCUCUCCAUUUUGAAGUCUAUACCUUGACAAAUGUCAUUAUUAUUUUGUUCAAAACAAUAUUCCCUUUUAUUUACCAAAAUCCAUUCUGGAUAUUUUUGGGUGCUAUAUAUGCUUUUUACAUUGUAGUGGGGUUUAAUAAGGUAAAGUUUUAAUCUUCAAUAAAUGUAAUUUUUAUGUU